CUUCUCAUUAGUCCAAAAAUUUCAAAAAUGUCCACCGAAAAAUUGUUGUCAGCAUCUUCAAUUUCGCUCUUAGGCUUUGGUUUAUGCUUAUUUCUCUGCGUGCAUGCUACCGCUGGGGAAGAUGGUCAGACUGUCCCCGGAGCAGGACAUUUAGUAAAGAAAGGCGAAAGGCAGCCAAUAAUCUCAACUGGAUUUGGAGAGGUCUCGGGAGUUAGAGUUAGCGAUGGAAACGAGACUUUUAAUAUUCACCUCAUCACCUUGGAGCCCAACUCCUUGUUUCUGCCUGUUAUGCUGCAUCAAGACAUGGUGUUCUACGUUCAUACAGGGAGCGGAAAUCUGAGCUACAGAGAUGAAAAUAAAAGAGAGAAUACGACCAUAAGACGAGGAGAUGUUUUUCGUCUGGGAUCAGGAAGCGUUUUCUUCAUACAGAGCGACGUAGGUCUGGAGAGACAGAAGCUAAGAAUUUAUGCCAUAUUUGGCAAUGCAGGGGAGGACUUGAGAGAACCGACUGAAUACGGACCAUACUCGAGCGUUCGCGACUUGGUUCUUGGAUUUGAUAAGAAAAUUCUCCAGGAGACCUUCAAGGUUCCUGAAGAAGUGAUAGAGGAAAUGACAAGCGGAAGGAAGCCGGAAGCAAUAGUUCGUGGAUUGCCGGGCACUCAGGAAAAAACCAUACGGGAGAGGGAGUAUCAGUUCAUCGAAGCCGUGUUUGGAAGCACAAGUAUUUUCAGCAUUUUCGAAACCAGCAACAAAGACAAGAAGAAGUCCAAAAAAUUCAACAUAUUCCAAGAAAAACCAGAUUUUGAGAAUUGCAACGGGUGGAGCACAACAGUUACCCGGAAAAAGUAUUCCGUCCUGAAGGGCUCCAAAUAUGGCCUUUUCAUGGUGAACUUGACCCGCGGAGGAAUGAUGGGUCCUCACUGGAAUCCCGAGGCAACGGAGAUAGCAGUAGUACUGCAAGGGAAGGGGAUGGUUCGGGUAGUUUGCCCAAGUCUACCGAACAAAGCAGAGUGCAAAAACGCGAGGUUUGGGGUUGAAGAAGGCGACAUUUUCGCCGUGCAGAGGUUCCAUCCCAUGGCGCAGAUGGCUUUCAACAACGAAACGCUCGUUUUCGUUGGUUUCAGUACAUCAACGGAGAACAAUCACCCACAGUAUCUAGCAGGGAAGGCAUCAGUCCUCAGGACUUUGGACAAGCACAUCCUGGCAGCAUCAUUUGGAAUAAAUGAAACUACCUUCGACAGGCUUGUGAAUCAACAACGCGAAUCGGUUAUCUUAGAAUGCACCUCCUGCGCAGAGGAAGAAUGGAGGAUAAUGGAGGAAGAGAUUGAGAGGGAAAGAGAGGAGGCAAGGCAGAGGGAAGAGGAGGCAAGGAAGAGGGAUGAAGAGAGGAAAAGACAGGAAGAGGAAGCUGAGACGAGAGAAGAGGAGGAGGCAGCUAGGGAGAGAGCAGAGGAGGAAAGGAAGAAGAGAGAGCAAGAAGAAGAGGAAGAGGCGGCACGGAGAAAGAGAGAGGAAGAGGCAGCACGAGAAAGGAGGGAACAAGAGGAAAGAGAACAAGAAGCAGCACAGAUGGAAGAGAAAGAAAGGGAAGCAGCUAAGCGAGAGGAAGAAGAAGCAGCACAAAGAAGACAAGAAGAAGCUGGCCAGGGAGAAGGAGGGCGCCCACACGAAGGGGGCAGGGAAGCACGGCCGCCGGAGGAAGACGGAAGAGGAGGAGUAGGAGCCAGGCAGGAGGAGGAAACUGCAAAGCAACAAGAAAAAGAAAUGGGACAAGAGGAGGAGCAGGGCAAUGGCCAAGGAUGGGGAAGAAGAAUCCUUAAAAAUGCUUCUUGACUGUGUCUAGUAAUGCUCAAAAGUAGACGUUUCCAGUGAGCAUAAAGCUGAAUAAGCAGUUUUGUUUCAGUCUUUGCUUUAUUUUGUGUUUGCUUGUGAAAUACCUUCAGUUGAGAGCUCCAUUAGCGCAUGGUGAAGUCCUUUAAAAGCCAGCUUAUUGAAUUCCUACGAA